CCCCGGGACGUCUGGGGCCGGGCCCCCUCCGGGUUUGGCGCGGAGCCCGCAUCCCGAGCCGCGGUGGCUCGGGUAUCCGCAUCCCGUUGAGAAGCUCCGGACCGCGCCGGGGUGUCGGAGCCCGAGACUGCAGACGAGGGCUGCGUGCCGGCGAUGGAGCGUACUGUUGAGCCCUGGGGCCCGGAUCUCCGGGGCCCGGAGGAGAGGGAACAGCUGAGAGGCGCCCGCACAGGUCUAGGGAGUGAGAAUGUGGAGGUUUCUCAGCCGGAUGAAUUUGAGCAGACCCCACAGGAGGAUGACUUGGGGUUCAAGGAAGAGGAAGAUUUGGCCCCAGGUCAUGAAGUAGGAAAUGCCUCUCUCAAACCUGAAGGGAUCCAGAGCUGGGAUGACUUAUGGGUCCACAGAGAGGGGCUAGCAAAGUCUCAGCCUCCACACCGAGGCCCUCGGGGCCCGGGAGAACCACGCUGGGGCCAGGCUAGUAGUGACCGGGCAGCAGUGUGUGGUGAGUGUGGCAAGAGCUUCCGGCAGAUGUCUGAUCUGGUAAAACACCAGCGGACUCACACAGGGGAGAAACCUUAUAAAUGUGGGGUCUGCGGCAAGGGAUUUGGGGAUAGCUCAGCCCGCAUCAAACACCAGCGAACUCACAGUGGUGAGAAGCCCUACAGAGCCCGGCCACCAGCCCAAGGUCCUGCAAAGAUUCCUCGGCCCCGGAUCCCUGCUGGUGAGCGCCCCACUAUCUGCGGUGAAUGUGGCAAAAGCUUCCGGCAGAGUUCUGACCUGGUGAAACACCAGCGGACACACACGGGUGAGAAGCCCUACAAGUGUGGCAUCUGUGGCAAGGGCUUUGGUGACAGUUCUGCCCGAAUAAAACACCAGCGGACACACCGAGGGGAGCAGCCCCCCCGGCCAGUGGUACCCCGAAGACAGCCAUCUCGGGCAGCCACAGCCACUACACAGGGACCCAAGGCCCAGGAAAAGCCAUAUAUCUGCACUGAUUGUGGCAAGAGGUUUGUGCUUAGCUGUAGCCUUCUGAGCCAUCAGCGCAGUCACCUGGGGCCCAAACCCUUUGGCUGUGAUGUGUGCGGGAAGGAGUUUGCCCGGGGCUCUGAUCUUGUGAAGCACCUGCGGGUACACACAGGUGAGAAGCCCUACCUGUGCCCUGAGUGUGGCAAGGGCUUUGCUGACAGCUCCGCCCGGGUCAAGCACCUCCGCACCCACAGUGGCGAGAGGCCUCAUGCGUGCCCAGAAUGUGAUCGUACCUUCAGCCUCAGCUCCACCCUUCUUCGCCACCGUCUCACUCACAUGGAGCCCCAGGACUUCAGCUUCCCAGGCUACCCUGUAACUCCCUUGCUCCCCAGCCCGCCUCCACCUCCUCUUGGCACCAGCCCCUCACUGACACCUCGAAGCCCUUCACACUCAGGUGAUGGGCCUUUUGGUCUGUCUGGCUUGGAGCCAGAGCCUGGGGGCCCACAGGCUGGGGAGCCACCCCCACCACUGGCAGGAGACAAGCCCCACAAGUGUCCUGAGUGUGGCAAGGGUUUCCGCCGAAGCUCCGACCUGGUGAAACACCAUCGUGUGCACACAGGGGAGAAACCCUACCUCUGUCCUGAAUGCGGCAAGGGAUUUGCUGACAGCUCUGCCCGAGUCAAGCACCUUCGUACCCAUCGUGGUGAACGCACCCGGCCACUACCACCGUCUACUCUCCUGCGUCCACAUAACCCACCUGGUCCAGCACCCACAGCCCCGCGACCCCGAGUCCGGGCCCAGCCCUCUGGACCCAGCCAACCACACGUGUGUGGCUUCUGUGGGAAGGAAUUUCCCCGGAGCUCAGAUCUGGUGAAACACAGGCGCACGCACACUGGGGAGAAGCCAUACAAGUGUGCGGAAUGUGGCAAGGGUUUUGGUGACAGCUCUGCCCGGAUCAAGCACCAGCGUGGGCACCUGGUCCUGAGGCCCUUUGGCAUAGCAGAUGGUCGGGCAAGGCCACUCAAGGAGGAGCCACCAGCAGGACUAGAAUGAUGGGGUCCAGGGAGGGUGGAGGCCCAGGAGACCAAAGGGAGGGGAGGUGCUGCUGAAGCAGAGAAGAAAGGGCCUGGGAGGUGGUGGGAGGGACAAGGAGGGGAAGAAAUGGGAGAAAGGAGUGAAUAGGUAGAAAUAGAGAUUGGAGACCAUAAUGCUGGCGUUCGGGAAACUGUCCUAGCUAGGUGUUAUGACCUUGCUAGUAUGGGCUGUACUCCACCUUCUAGAACAUUGCCAUGAAAUUUAGAAAUGGGCCUUAAUUUGAGGACUCUUAAACUUAAAUUCCUGCUGCCUCUUGUCUGUUCAGAACUGACUCCUCUCGACCUUACCCUGGGAGACCUGGUCUACUGAGGUGCAGCAGUGGGACUUCUGGGAAUUAAGGAGUCAAAAUGAGGCCAGAGCAUCUUGAUCACUUUCAUGAGGAAAGUAUUGCUGUGUGGUAGGAAAUCCCCACCCCUAACCUCUGGCCACCAGAUACAGCUUUAGCUAGGAAGGGCACUCUUGGACAGAGCUAGAGAUAGUAGGAGCACUCAUGACAUCCAGGAUAGAUGGCACGCCCAGGUCUUGGUGGACAUCAGCAGAGACCAGCUGGCUAGGCAAGGGUAGGACAGGAAUGAGGAGAGGUCAAGGAAGCUCCAAGGUCUAACAGCCACAUUGCUACAUGUCUCCUUACUAAUAAACUGUUCCUUGUCUAAGGCUUGGAUUCUGUUGUAGGUGUGUGUGUAAGGGCGAAUGUGUGUGAAAGCACCAGGCAAGGAAUGAAAAGGUAGAAAGUGAGUUUGAUGGGCGAAGCCCUGAAGCCACGUACAAGCAGUGUAGGUGCCUUGCUCUCUCGGCCCACUGAGGUUCUCUUGACAUAGCCACUUCCUAGCUCCAAUAUCUGGUUUGAAAACGGCUACCAGGUCCAUCAACUGAUACCCCCGGGCACCACCUACCGCCACGUCUGGAGCGCCACCCUUAAAAGGAAAAAUGCCUGUUGCCUCGGAGGUUGGGCACACGACAGGGAAGGGG